AUGACUCCCUCUCAAAGGCUCGGCAUCCGCCUGCUGUCACAAUUGACAAAUUCGACAUCAGCUACAACCGCGCUGGUACAAUCACAAUCGUGGUGUCGAAGUGUCGCCGCGUCCUCCAUCGUCUGCCGCCACAUCUCUGUGACUCCUCGACGACGACAGGAAUUCCAGUCGCCGCCACCUGUACCGCCUUCAGCGCGUGCAGCGAACAAUGUCGAGCGUGUUCAAAACGAACUGUCGCCCUCCUCGGAUUCACAUCCCAUUCGCAACUUGAGCUCUGGCUUAUCCGACCCUCCACCAGUCAUUGCCGAGGAUGGCUCACAGGUCGACUGGACGCGUUCAUACCACGGUCUUUCAUCUUCCCCGUUCACUGCCGAGCAAGCCGCAAUCCUACAGGAAGAGCUGAAGUUUGACGACAUUGAGAUCAAGCCCGAUGGCAUAAUCUAUCUUCCCGAGAUCAAGUAUCGGAGAAUCCUUAAUAAGGCUUUUGGACCUGGUGGAUGGGGUUUGGCGCCUCGAGGCGAGACCAUCGUAACCGGAUCAGUUGUCACGAGAGAGUACGGGCUUGUAUGCGGAGGACGAUUGAUAUCCAUUGCCCGUGGCGAACAACAAUACUUCAACCCCGAUGGCAUCCCAACUGCAACCGAAGGCUGUAAAUCCAACGCGCUGAUGCGCUGCUGCAAAGAUCUGGGUAUCGCAUCGGAGCUUUGGGAUCCGCGCUUUAUCAAACGAUUCAUGAAGGAAAUGGGCAAAGAGGUCUUGGUGGAGCAUCAAACGACCAAGAAGAGAAGAAAGCAUUUUAUGCGCAAGGACGAUGAGCUCAAAUGGCCACUGAAGGAGGUCAGUGUGCCAGGUGCAGCGCCCGCUGCAGCCCCGGCGGCAGCAGCGGCGACGCCAGCAGCGAGAACAUAUUCAAGGGCUACGCCGGCCUCGGCAGCGAAGAAGUGA